CAGUGCACCGCGGUUCCAUUACCCGGAUGUUAGCACACAUGGGCUGCCGACCAGUGGCUGUUUACAAUCUUCAUUUUCAAACUAAACUAAGUUUUAAUUUGAACUAGAAGGUUAUACGACUUAUUAUGAAAGUAAAAGUUCUCUCGAGGAAUCCGGACGACUACGUCCGGGAAACCAAACUCGAUAUUCAGCGUGUCCCCAGAAACUAUGACCCUACACUUCACCCAUUUGAGGUGUGCAGAGAAUACACCCGGGCCCUUAAUGCCACCAAGCUGGAUAGGGUGUUUGCAAAACCUUUUCUGGCAUCAUUGGAUGGACACAGAGAUGGGGUGAACUGCAUGGCCAAGCACACCAGCAGCCUUUCCAUGCUGCUGUCUGGCUCGUGCGAUGGGGAGGUUAAAGUGUGGAACCUUGCCAAACGUGAAUGCAUACGCACACUCCAAGCCCAUGAAGGUUUUGUCCGGGGAAUUGUUGUACGCUUCUGUGGGACUUCCUUCUUCACGGUCGGUGAUGACAAAACAGUCAAACAAUGGAAAAUGGACACCCCGGGUUAUGGCGAAGCAGAGGAGCCUAUUAACACAAUAUUGGGCAAGACAGUCUUUACUGGGCUUGACCAUCACCGGGAGGAAGGUGUGUUUGCAACCUGUGGCCAGCAGGUGGACAUCUGGGAUGAGCAAAGAAGCAGCCCCAUCCGUUCUUUCUCCUGGGGAGUAGACAGCUUCAGCGCUGUCCGUUUCAACCCUGUGGAGACUCAUCUUCUUGCAAGUUGUUCUUCAGACAGAAGUAUUGUGCUCUAUGACAUGAGAGAAGCAGCACCCCUUAAAAAGGUCAUCAUGACAAUGAGGAGCAACACAUUAUGCUGGAACCCAAUGGAGGCAUAUAACUUCACUUGUUGUAAUGAAGACUAUAAUCUUUACACAUAUGACAUGAGAUUCUUACACCAGCCGACCACAGUGCACUUGGACCACGUGUCUGCAGUGCUAGAUGUCGACUAUUCCCCCACUGGCAGAGAGUUUGUGUCUGCCAGUUUUGACAAGAGCAUCCGCAUCUUCCCCAAGGACAGAGGACAUAGUAGGGAGGUGUACCACACCAAACGUAUGCAGCACGUCAUCUGCAUAAAGUGGUCAGCAGAUAACCGCUACAUUUUGAGCGGGUCGGAUGAAAUGAAUAUCCGACUGUGGAAAGCAAAUGCAUCUGAGAAAUUAGGAGUGCUGCCCCCCCGGGAGGAGGCGGCCACCAACUACCGGCAAAAGCUGACAGAGAAGUACAAGGAGUUCCCGCAGAUCAGACGUAUCGCUCGUCACCGACAUCUCCCCAAGCCCCUCUUCCACGAGUCUAAGGAGCUGAGGAUAAUGAAGGAGGCUCGCCGCAAAAAGGAGCGGAAUGUCCGGAUGCACAGCAAACCAGGAAGUGUACCUGUGCUGUCUGAGAAGGAGAAACAUGUUGUGGCUGUGGUCCAGUGAAACAAAAUAUGCAAACUGUGUAGGUGCAUCACACGUACACAAUGUGUGGUCAGACAACUAUCAAUUCACUCUAGUGGACACUUUUUUGUUGUUGAACAAGUCAAACUUUCAUAUCCUGCUUUAAAAAAGUCAUUUUACAAACUGUCCCUUUUAAAGUGAACAUCUUCCCUAUCAGGGUACUGUUGAAAUAUGACUUCAAUAAAUGGAUGCUAUUUUAAACCUA